CGUCUUGUCCGCUCGUCAACCUUGGCAACAUGGCCGUUGGAUGAGUGAGAUGAUGAUGUGCGUGUUUAUCUAUGAGGCGAUAGCAGGACGGCCUUGUGGGCAGUGCUCUUAUAUAUGCGGAUGCUUUCAGACAGCCACAGACAGAAACAUAAGUCUUCUCUACAGCACUCUCUCUGCUGCUUGUCCACGUCUUCCAAAGAAAUCUUCAGCUCAGCCAGUUUCUGAUCAUUUGUGAUCAGCUUUUUUACUCUGAAAGCUAUAAAAACCACUGCAACAGAAAAAUGCUGCCUGCAACCUUCAAACUGUGUGCUGGCAUCUCCUACCGGCACACGAGGAACAUGACAGGUUUGAGGAAAAAUGCCAUGGUUGCCAUUCACCACGAGCUGAAUAGACUGGCAGGCCCGGGCCCCAGUAACUGGAUCAGCCAAGUCCGCAGACGAAGCUCCAUCCUCAGUUCUCGUAUUGCAGAGGAGGACGUGUACAGUGUGGAAGAGAUGUCUUAUGUGAAGCAAGGCGAGAAUGCUCUGCAGAAGGCCAUCAGCAUCCUCAGCGAACAGGAUGGCUGGACAAUUGAAACAGUGGCUGCAAAUGGAGACAAAGUUCUGAGUAAAACCUUGCCUGACAUCGGGAAGGUGUUCAAGCUGGAAGUGAUGCUGGAACAACAUCCUGACAAUCUUUACCAAGAGCUGGUAGGAAAUAUGGAGCAGAUGGGGGAGUGGAACCCUAACGUUAAGCAGGUCAAGAUUCUACAGAAGAUAGGCACGGACACUAUGGUUACCCACGAGGUGUCUGCAGGGACACCCGGCAAUGUGGUGGGGCCGAGGGACUUCGUCAGUGUCCGCUGUGCCAAGCGUCGGGGCUCCGCCUGCUUCCUGGCUGGGAUGUCCACUCAGCACCCAGAAAUGCCGGAGCAGAGGGGUGUGGUCAGGGCGGAGAAUGGUCCGACCUGUAUAGUUAUGAAACCCUGUGCUGAAGACCCAAAUAAGACCAAGUUCACCUGGUUGCUAAACAUAGAUCUAAAGGGCUGGAUCCCAAAGACAAUCAUAAACAAAGUGCUCUCUCAGACGCAGGUGGACUUUGCCAACCACCUCAGGCAAAGGAUGGCUGACAACGUUUCCAUGGAGAUGGCUCAUGCCUGCUGACAUAAGGUGCCUCUUGAGCUUUGGCACAGUAAGCUCAAGGGUGGCAGACAAGAAACCCCUGCUCAAUAAAGAAUCAAAUAGAUCUGCUUGAAAAAAACACAGAAUAUGAAGGAGAUCAGAUAAUGAUGAUGAUGGCUGUGUGAGACUUUAGGAAAACCUGAGCAUGGAUGUUGUUAUUGAUUGACAAAAGUGUGUUUAAGUCGCCCCUUUUAAUUGAUAUGUAAAUCUUUUUGAGUCACAAUGUUAGAUAUUUUGUGUUUUGAUUGUUCAAAGCCAUUUAUCACCAUCAAUCCACUCUAGACAUGUUGAGUCAAAACAAGCAGUAAAACAUAACAAACUGCACAUUGUUUCCUUCUGAUAACAACCCAUUUAUUUUCCAUCCCUCUGCUGUGAAACUGUACUCUGUUUCACUAUCUUAUUUAUUGGUGUCACACACACAUAACAAUGGCUGCAAAGUGAAGAGAUUGUUGUGAUUGGUAUUUAUGUCUAUAUGAAUAUAUUGUUCCGUUUGUUAAUGAGUUUGGAGAGUGAUCACUCUGUCUUUUUGUGAUGCAUGAGAACUAAAAUAAAAGCUUAUAAAACAUUA